CGAAAGUCCCAAAAGAAACGAAGGAAAAAAAAAAUGGAUCCUCCAAAUCUCGCUCUCUUGCUUCUUCUCAUGCUUGCUUCCACCAUAAACGCCCAAUUUUUCCCAAAGCCCUACUGUGGUUCGACCGGCAACUUCACCGCCGACAGCACUUACCAAGCCGCCCUCACCACCCUCCUCUCCUCCAUCUCCACCACCAAGUCCUUGUCCCUCACCUACGGCUUCUUCAAUGCCUCCUCCGCCGUCUCCGGCACCUCCCAAACCCUCUACGUCAUUGGCUCCUGCCACGGCGACCUCACCGCCGAGAGCUGCCGCACCUGCCUUGAUGCCUCGGCCUCCGACAUCCGCCGCCUCUGCCCCCUCCAGAAGCAAGCGGUCCUCUACAGCAAGAACUGCACCGUCCGGUACUCUAAUGCCUCGAUCUUCAGCACAGUCACAACCGACCCUGGCUACCAGUUGUCCAACGUGAACGAUGUCACGAGCCCGGACACGUACAACACGGCACUAAGGAGCCUGCUGGAUGGUCUGCAAGCCGAGGCGGCAGGCGGCGGCUCGCUGAGGAAGUACGCAACGGGGGACGCAUCGGUGGGUUUAUACAGGAUCUAUGCGAUGGAGCAGUGCACGCCGGACUUGACAGAGAAGAACUGCAACAACUGCCUGGCGACAGUUUUCCAGAGGCUUGUGCUUUGCUGUGUCGGGAAGAUGGGAGUGAAUAUCAUGGCUCCGAGUUGCCGGAUACGGUAUGAGACCAAUGAUCAGUUCUUCGACCCGGUUGGUGAGCCACUUCCACCGCCGCCGCCCGCUGCGCCCCCACGGGAGGCAGAUGCGCCCCCUUCACCACCAGGUGGAAAGAGCAAUUCGACGAGGACUGUGAUCAUUGCAGUCGCAACAAGUGUUUCUGCAAUACUCCUUGUAGGCUUCGUCGUACUCCUGAUAGUGAAAAGGAAGAAGCAGCAGCCCAGACAAAGAGUUGACGGUGAAGUUGAGGAUGAAAUUAGCACGGCAGAGUCGCUGCAAUUUGAUUUCGCUACUAUCAGAGCGGCCACGGAUAACUUCUCUAAUACCAAGAAGCUUGGACAAGGUGGUUUUGGUGCUGUUUAUAUGGGUCAGCUCUCCAAUGGACAGGAAAUCGCGGUGAAACGGCUGUCACGGAAUUCCGACCAAGGAGAAGUAGAAUUUAAGAACGAGGUGAUGUUACUAGCUAAGCUACAACAUAGGAACUUGGUUAGGCUCCUAGGUUUCUGUCUAGAAGGAGUUGAAAGGCUUCUCAUUUACGAGUUUGUGCCUAAUUCGAGCCUCGAUCAGUUCAUAUUUGAUUCCUUGAAGCGUGCAAAUCUCGAUUGGGAUAGGCGUCACAAGAUAAUAAUGGGUGUUGCUCGAGGGCUGCUUUACCUACAUGAAGACUCUCGACUUCGGAUCAUCCAUCGGGACCUCAAAGCCAGCAACAUUUUGUUGGACUUGGAUAUGAAUCCUAAGAUAUCGGAUUUCGGUAUGGCAAGGCUGUUUGAGAUGGACCAAACUCAGGCUGAGACAAACCGGAUCGUAGGGACCUAUGGAUAUAUGGCGCCAGAGUAUGCGAUGCACGGAAACUUUUCGGUCAAGUCUGAUGUCUUCAGUUUCGGAGUGCUCGCUUUGGAGAUUGUGAGUGGUCAGAGGAACAAUCUUUUCCGCAUAGGCGAUGACACGGAGGCCCUUAUAAGCUAUGUCUGGAAGAGUUGGAGGGAUGGAACAAUAUCAAACAUCAUCGAUUCCUCUUUAACUUCUGUUUCAAGUACCGAAAUUGCAAGGUGCAUCCACAUUGGUCUACUAUGUGUCCAAGAAAACAUGGCUAACCGGCCAACGAUGGCCUCGGUCCUUCUGAUGCUUAACAGCCACUCGGUCACUCUCCAAGUGCCGUCGCGACCUGCAUUCUUCAUCCACAGGGGCGCUGAAUCAGAUAUGUCAUCUACGCACGAUUAUAGUUCGAGGGUAUCUAGGGUCUCAAAAAAUGAGGUCUCUCUGACCGAGCCAUGUCCUCGGUAGCCUUGAAAAAUGGGAGAUCGGCAUGCGCUGCGCACUAAUUUUUGUGUUAUGUCAUGGUUUUCAGAUCAUCAAAAUGACAUUCUCAUGAUUUAAUUCUUCCUCUAGAUUACUGGGGAGUUAUAUGGCUUCGUUGGCCUGGAAUUUAAUCCAGACUCAUAGACUGUUGGAAGUGAAAGAUACUCUCAAAAGGUCAUGCCUUACUCUACUUGUGUAAAGACAUGAAUAGCUAGAACAACUUGCUAAUACAAAAUUCAAUAGGUAUGAUAAAAGACAUGAGGAUUCAUGCCAUCUGCAGCUAACCUAUAUCAAA